GAAAUUUUGUAUCAACCAUUUUGAUUACAAAUAUCUUUUCUCAACAAAACAAAUAUUUACAUGAUUUGGAACAUGAAAAGAGCUACCUCAGGAUGAGUUCUAGUAAGCUAUUAGUUGUUGCCAUUGAUUUCGGUACGACGUACAGUGGAUAUGCUUUCUCUAGUAUCAGCGAAAAGGAGAAAGUGUACACAUAUAAUUGGAGUAAAGGUAUCACACAGACUCCUAAAACCCCAACCAGCAUUUUGUUUACACCUAGGAGAGACUUUGAUUCCUUUGGUUAUGAAGCAGAAGAAAAGUAUGCUAGACUAUCACAUAACAACGAGAAUAGGAACUGGUAUUUCUUCAAACGAUUUAAACUUACACUGCACAAAAACCAAGAAAGAUAUAAGGAUGGAAAAUCACAGCAGAGUUUAAAUGAAAGGACAACUAUCCCUGAUUGUACUAACAAACCAAUGUUAGCAAUUGACGUGUUCAGUGGAGGUAUACAAUAUUUAAAGGAACAUCUAUUUAGUCACUUUCAAGAACGCUUGCCACAACUACGGAAAGAUGAUAUACAUUGGGUCCUUACAAUGCCUGCUAUUUGGGAUGAGCCUGCUAAAAAAUUUAUGAGAAAGUCUGCAGAAAAGGCAGGGAUACCCGGAUGUCAGCUGACAUUAGCACUAGAACCAGAGUCUGCAGCGCUUUAUUGUCAGUUAGGUGUAUGUAGAUCAGGUCUAACACCAGUUCAACCAGGAGCUAAAUUUUUGCUUCUAGACUGUGGAGGAGGUACUGUUGAUGUCACGGUACACGAAGUUCGACAUGAUGGAUCAUUGAAAGAGAUUCACAGAGCAUCGGGAGGACUUUGGGGAGGAAUAAAAGUUGAUGACGCAUUUCAAGAGUACUUGUAUGAAACAUUUAAUGACAAAUUUAUAUCACUUAAACAAGAUGAUAUUAUAGAGCUUAAUAAAAAAUUCGAGUCACUAAAGAAAAGGGUCGAUACAGAAGAUAAAAUGUAUACUAUUCAACUACCUGUGAGCCUUAUUCAGGUUGCAAGACCAGAGACAUUAAUAGCUGGCAAGCUAAAACUUAGUUCCGUAGUUGUUAAAAGAUUUUUCGACCAGCCAAUAAGAAACAUCACCGAGCACGUAAAGGGAGUCCUAGAUUCAUUGCGUUGUCAUGCAAUAGAAACCAUUGUUUUAGUUGGUGGAUUUGGAGAAAGUAGGUUAUUGCAAACAGAAUUAAAAAAAGCCUUUCCUAGGAUUAACAUUUUAACACCUGAGAAUCCAAGUUCGGCUGUUGUUGAAGGAGCUGUUGAGUUCGGGCAUUGCCCUGAAAAGAUUCGAUAUCGAAUGUCUCCUUAUACAUAUGGAGUUAGUACAACUAGUAAAUUCCUACACUGGAAGCAUCCAAUAAGCAAACUACUAAAUAUAAAUGGCAAGGAGUACUGUAAAGACGUCUUUGACAUUCACGUUACUAUAGAUCAAAUUGUUGAAACGGGUUCGCCAAUAUCAAAUGAGACGUAUGUUCCACUUUAUCCAGAUCAAACAGUAUUGUCUCUUCCAGUUGUGUCAUCGGAGUCAAAGAAUCCAAUUUUUGUGGAUGAUAAAGGGUGCAAAAUAAUUGGGCGAUUCGAAAUAACAAUUCCUAAUACGUUCAGUGGCUAUCAAAGAGACGUUAAUGUUAAGAUGAUUUUCAGUGGAACCGAACUCAAAGUCGAAGCAAGAAGUGAACAUUCACAGAGAGUUUAUACAUCUACAUUUAGUUUCGAGUGAUACUUUUUGAAGCAACAAUGGCUGACUUUGAUUAAUUAUGGAAUAUUUUAUGAUUUGUGUUAAAGCUUAGUUGUUUUGUUCUGAUUCGUGGGCAACGUAGUCCUUUGAGAGUAGCAUCGACUCCCAUGCACAGGACAUGUGAGAAAUAAUCUUUCGAUUGACAUGUUUUGUCAAAUGAACCAGUAUUGACUGGGAUUUGAUUUUAAUCUCUUUUAUGAAGUGGUUAUUUUAUUCAGCUGAAACUUUGUCUUCCGUGUACAUGUGUUGAUACACUUGACAAAUCUUAAUAAAAAUCAUAGAUUUUUUUUUAAAUCAUAUCGCGGUGAUCGUAUUCUUUUUGUCAUAUUAAAUAUGUGGCAGAUGUUUUGAUGAUAAUGCAGAAAUUAGCCUGCAUGUAUAUAACUGUUGAAAUUAAAAUGAGAAAUAAAUGAAAUAGAAUUGAAA